AAAAAGUCUUUUGAUGUAUUAGUCGGGCGAUCGGAAAUUAUAGCUGCAAAGGAAAUAAAAUUUAGGAAUUUAAGUCAUAAAAUCCAAUUUACUAAAUUUAUUGUUCUUUAGCCGACUGUGUAUUUAAAAGCAAUGGCUGAUGAACUGAUAUAUAAUAAACGGCAUAGAGAAAGUAAACGAAACAAAAUCAAAAGUGAAAAUUUAUUAAACGAAAGUCAAUUUAGGAGGGCGUGCGUGUAUGUGGUUGAUUAAAAAUUUCUCAUAUUUCUACUAACAGGAGUGGCAGCCGAAUAGCAAAAAAAUACAUUAAGCUAGUGGAAAAAAAACUGAAGUUAAUAAAGACACUCUCGAAAAAUGUUUAAUUGAAAGGAAGGCGAGAAGAAAUAAUUUUGUUUUCAGGAGUAUUAAAACGUGACGUUAUAUGUGUGUGUAUGUAAAUUGUGUGUAUUCCAUAAAUAGGUGUGAAAAAGGGAAGAGAUAAACAUUCCAGGAAAGAAAAUGUAUUUAUUACAAGUAUUUACGGAGAAAUUCUUGUAAAAAGAUUUUCUCUUAAGAAUCACAAUUAAGUGCACGCUUAUGUGAAAAGUAUUAAAUUGAAGUGGUAGCAAAGUCAUUUGUUAAGCUAUUUUCAACGCAAUCAGCAUUUAACACUAUGUCCAGUUGGGCCGAACGUGUACAUCGUCGUGCAGCCGAUUUUGGUAGUGUGGUAACAUCCUGCGGUCAUCCUGGCUCAUCGACACCCGCUUAUCCUUAUCGUUUGGAAAAAGUCAAAUUUGGUAUACCUCUAGAGGAGGUGUGCAAAAAUGAUAACAUUCCCGGUCCCUUAUUGGUACUAAUACUUAAACUUAACAAGGAGUCACCUAAUCGAAGAGAUGUAUUUCGGGCGCCUGGUCAUCAAGGGGCUAUGAAGAAAUUGAUACAUUUUUUGCAAGCAGGUCGUCUGGUCAAUGUUGACAAUUAUUCUGUAUAUACCAUAGCUAGCGUCUUAAAGAAAUUUCUACGGAAAAUACCCAACGGUGUGUUUGGACGCACCGGUGAAAAUGAACUAUUUGCCAUUAUUGAGUUGGAAAGCGAGACCGAGCAAACGGAAAGAUUACACAAAUUAUUUACAUCACUGCCAAAAUAUACGCAACAUUUAUUAGUUUUACUAUUUGGUACAUUUCGGGUAAUUGCCAGUAACGCCGCUCAUGCCGGCACCGGUAUGACUAGCGAAGCUUUAGGUGUUUCGGUUGCUCCUAGUUUCUUUCAAUCGUGCGUCAGUGACGGCAAAACGGCUCGUAUGGAAGAUGUGCUAAAAUUUAAAGUCGCCACAAAGAUUAUGAAACAUAUUAUCGAUAAAUUUGCUACGCAUGAUUUAUUCGGUCGCGAUAAUUAUGAAUAUUAUGCUCGUGUUACGGGACGUAUAUUGAAAGUGCAAGACGAGUGGAUUUGCAGUUUUCAAUAUCCCCCACCGCCCAGGGGUAAAGUAGCGCAACAAAAGUAUGCGUUGCAACAUUCAUUGGAGGCCGAGAAAACGUGGCUGCAAUGUCAAUGCGAACGCUGGGGUUUACUUGCUCAAGAAGAAUCGCGCUCAACGCCUGCCUUGCUAACCAGCUCCAGUUCUGCUUUAGACAAUAGCGCUGUAUCACUGGGAGUAACACCUGAACAUUCAUUUAUGGAAUCUUGUGCUCGACUCUCUGUCUCUUUAGAAGGACCGGGUCUAUUCGCAAUGACCUCUUCACCGUUGCCCGUUCGCAAAACGCUCAAUCAUUCAAGAGACGGUAUAGAUGGCGAUGACGACGAGGACGACAACGAUGAUGUGGACAAUUACGACGAAGAUCAAAAUAGUGGGCUGGGUAAUGAUAAUGAUAACACUAUCCAUUAUUGUGGAAACGAUGCAGAUUUAACGGCUGAAUUAGACCUGGAUAUUGAAGAUGACGAUGAUGACAAAGAUGAUGAGGAAGAUGAUCAACAACAGCAUGAAAAAUUCAAUAAUGGAAUAAAAAAUGGCAACUUUUAUAUAAGCGGUAAUUAUGAGAGAAUUCGUAAAUUGGGACGCCUGACGAUGAAAACUGAGCGAGGAGAAAAUAAAACCGUUAGGGGAGAAAGUCUGGCUACUAACGAUAAUUUGGAUGAUGUCGAUGGCGAUCGCGAUGGCGCAAUGAGGAGUGCGGGCAAACGCCGCUUUAGGCAAUAUAAAAAGAAUACACCAAAUAGUAGUUCAGCUCAAAUGAGAGUACAAAUGCAACAACAAAGACGUUUACGAUCGACUAAUAGUGGCUCCAAAUCAUUGGACGAUGAAAAUUGCCAAUAUAUCGAUGAUUACGAAUUUUUAAAUAAAUCCAAUAGUAGAAUUAAUAAUGCAGCAACCACUUCCAAUACCGUAAUGAAAACAACAAUUCCAGAUUCGGUGGCUUCAACAAUGAAAGGGCGCUUUUGUAGUCGCUGCAAACAUGGUAUACGUCAUUCGUCAUCAUGCUCAUCGUCUAACGUCUCCACAGGUGGCACUAACACUAACGGCAGCGGCAUGACCAUGGAAGAGCUAAGAGCUGUUAAUCGUUAUGCCGAAAGCACCAAAAGUUUGUCAUAUUUGCCACAGGUCCAUGAACGUCAGGCAGCCCGCAUGCGCACACGUUCAGAAUGGUUUUUGGGACCCAAAGAUGAUGAUAUAUUGUGUGUGGAUGAUAUCAUACAAAUACCAGCAAAUACCUGCAGCAAUUGUUAUUUACAACAACACCAACAACAACAACAUCAACAACAGCAAAACCAACACGAGCAUGAAUAUCCGGUCGGUUAUUUAGGUGGUGGCAGUACAAGAGAUAUGCGUCAUAGUGAAAGGUCUGCGGUAUCUAAUGUCUCCUCGCCUAUGCAAGACCAAACCGCCGGAGUUCUUAAUAAUACCACAUUCCUUUAUUAUAAGCAGCCAACAUCACAGCAGCCUCACCAACAUCAACAACACCAAUUACAGAGGCAAAGUUUCCAUUUGGCGCCAGAGCAUAUGGACACCGACGAAGAAUGCUUCCAAGGUGCCAGUGCAAGUUUACAUUCCAUGCAACAGCCGAAAGCAGCACGAAAAAUUCCUACAACGAAUACUGUCUCCUCAAGCGGUUGUGCCGACGUAGCUGUUAGAGAUGGAGGAUGCCCUGCAAUGCUAUUGGACAAUAAUUACGUUGGGAACAUCCGUUUAAGCAACAGUGCCGAAUCUGUACAGUAUAUACACAAAAGACCAUCCACUCGUCGCAUUUUACUGGGUGCUAAUAUACCGAGACAAUAUCCAUUGCGUUCAUCUUUGAAACGCCACAAAGAGAAACAAGUGGGAUUGGCAACGACAGCAGCAAUAAUAGCAACGACAACUGCGGUAACAGCGGCAACAGCAAACACUACAACCAGCAAUAUCCGGUCUCUGGCUGUGGUACCGGCGGGCAUCUUAAAUAACCCUCUAAGCAAUGCCGGACACAAUAAUGGCAAUAAUGAAAGCUGUACAAUAGAGUCGUCCAUUACGUUUAAAGCUCCUAGACUAUAAUUAAAUAAUCCUAAGAGUUUUAUAUUUUUUUGUGUCUUUCUUCUUCUAUAUUUUAAGUUUUUAUACACACACUACAAGUCUGACAUUUUUUUAAUUUCUAUUCUGUCUUCAAUGCUUGUUUAAGUAAGUUAAUCUUUAAUGAAUUGAGGCAAAGUACAUCGUAACGAAAUGAAAAUGAAGAGAUCGAAAUUGUAACAAAAGCAAGUCAUUUUUCCAGGCAGCUAUUAAAUAAAUUAUAUAUAUAUAUAUAUAUAUAU